UUAAUUAUAGACAGGAUGCGAGUGACGACAGUCGUCCCAUCGAGACCUAAAAUUCUGGAAUAAAUUUGACAUUAUGAUACUUGAUCUUGGCUCCAGUGAUGCGACGUAAAUACGAGGCGCACUAUAAAGCCUGGGUCCCCCUUCUGGAACAUAAGUUGUUUACCCUGAAAAAAGGUACCUGCUCCGGACAUAACCCUGCCAGGCGUGACAAGAGAGGACUCCUUUAAAAUCUAAUCCGCGGGACUAUAUGUAACAGAGCGGAGGCAACCGAAGCGGAGGCACAAACGCGAGGAUUUCGCAACAAGGGGACUGGCUCUCUAGCUGUGGAAGAGGUGGAGCACAGCCGCCACCGGCAAACAGACAAUCUCAAGAGAGGGUCACGGUCAAUACCUUGGCUAGACUGAAAUCAGGAUUAAUUAUCUGCCACUGCGAUAUAUCCUCAGUGAUUAACAAUAAAAUCGUCAAUGAGAAUAUUGAACAGCCAGUGCUCCGCCAACAUUUCCACACCUUGGUGACCCCUUCAAGACAGAAAGACAAAAAGCUAGGUACUUGAAACAGAAAAAGAAAGGAAGUAAGGAAGUUGAAACAGAAGAGGAAGAAGAAGUAGUGUUGGAAGAAAAUAAAGUUGUGACAGGAAGUAAAAAGCUGCUGCAGGAAGCGGCCCAAAAUGGCGGCCAUCGAACUGCAGCGCGGUCUGGAGCGGUCUGGGCGGGGCUGGGUAACAGAGAAGGUGGAGCUUCUGGACAGCUUCGACUCAGAGAUGCAGGAAUGGGAGGACCAGCUGCAGGACAUGCAGAGGAAGAUAGAGGAGCUUUACAACGAGGUGCAGGCUCGUAGAGGGGAAAUUGAUGUCACCAUGGACAACGGCAAAAAUGAUAGGAUGCACAAUGGCAAUGGCUUCUGUGACCCACCUGACAGCCACAGCAACAGCACCAAGGACCACCCCAGAGCUGUUGUUGUGCCAAAUCACUAUAGCAAUGGUUGUAGUCAUGGCCCCAAUGGUUACGGCGACCCCGUCAACCAUCAGAAUGGUGGCUAUUAUCCAAAUAGCAACGGUGCGGUGGAACUUGAAGAAUUGUUGCAGGAUUAUCUUGGACAUGGUCACGGAAAGACCUGGAAGACCAACUCAGCUCUCAACAAUCAUCAGAAAGAAAUUACAGAAAGGAGCCAGGAUCAGUCUGUGCACCAGGAUGCGAUGAAGAGGAGGCCUGUUGGGAAUGAGAGGAUUGGUCAGGUGCGGUUUGCGGAUGAGGAGGCUGAGAACCGGAAGAACAGAGUGUCACACAGAAAGAGUUCCCCCUGCAGGGACCUUAACAAGGAGAACACAGGGGCCAAGCCCCCUCUCAGACAGAGAGAAGGCCCUCCCGUACCCCCCCGCUCCACCUCCCAGGUGGCCCUUUCCGAGACUUCCCCAGCCCUCGACAGAAAGUCCCACCCCCCUGGGGUCCUUGUAGACAAGAAGUGUGGUAGCCCCUCGGUCCUCAGGAAGUUUGGGGCCAUGCUCCAUGAGAACGAGGGGAAAACCCUCACCGACACCGGUGUGGUGACCAACCAGGUGCCUACCGAGAACAAGUGCCCCACCCCCGUCUGUCAGCGCAAAGAGCUGGGCGGCAGCAGGGUGCCUGGGCGCUUGCCUGUCCAGAAAUGCCAGGCGGAUUCCAUCGUGCUGACAGCGGAGAUGGACCCCAGCCAAGAACGAGGAUCUGGGGGGGCAGUGAGAGACUAUAGGAGAGAGAGCCAGCUGGGUGAGGGUAGAGGCACCUCAAUGGGUAGCUAUGUUCACCCUAAAGGACCCCAGGCAGGGGGUCAGAGGAGGACCCAGGAAGGAGGCAGCCCCAAGCCCAAAGCAAGGGCCCUCGGAGGGGCAGACAGAGACACAAACAUGGGUCUGGUCCAGGGGGAGAGGGUCAGGUGGCCUACAUCCCAGUCUGGGGAGCCCAUACUGGACUAUAGGAACCUGAGUGGGUCCCAUGUUGGAGCUCAGAGGAUCCAGAGGGGAGGGCCAGUUGCAGGUCAGAAGAAAGACGAUGGACUCAUUGAGCUACUGGAUAUGCUGGACAUCGAGCACGAGUACAACUCCAGCCCCCAAGCCGCAAAGACUGCCUACAGACAGGACACACAGCAGGUGAGCCCAGCCGAGUCAUUCCCAGCAACCCCCUCACGGAACUUCUCUCGUCCUGCCCGCCCAGCCAAUCAACGCCCUCCAUCCAGGUGGGCUAGCUGCGCCCCCACUGCCUUGAUCUCUGCCCCCUCCGGCCCAAUGUUCCGCCGCACAAGCCCCUUGGCACGCCCCCCUAGCCCCAUAGCAAGAACCCCAAGCCCCGCCCUGAAGCAGCAAUCUUUCUGCUCCUAUUUGCUCCACACCGAGACUAUCAUCAUGUGAGAGACACGUGCCCCGACCCCCUUUACCCAUUUUUAACCCCGCCUCCCCUCCCCCAAUUCAACCCCACUGGACUCAGUUGAUAUAGUCCUGCCCUCUCUGUAAAUACUAAAUACUGUUCUUUCUAUCUGUCUUGACAAAAGUGCUUUAAGAGAUUUUCUAUGAGAUUUACUUAUGAGAAACAAAAUGGUUGACUCCUAUUCAGUCUCCAGUGUUACUGUGGCCUUCCCUUCUCCUGUGCCAAACGUUUUUAUUUCUCUCACUCUCUUUUACUUCCCUUUCUUCCUUUCUUUCUUUUUCUCUUUCUUUUGUAUUGAUGAUUUUCGAAUGGCUGUGUAUAAUGCGAUACAGCAUGCCCCACUUACUUGCGGGUGCGUGUCCUUGGAUGGAUGGAUGGAUGGAUGGAUGGAUGUAACUCAAUCCUAAUGAGUGCCAUGUUGGCUUGUUUUUAAAAGAGAGUUGGCCCUGUCCUGUCAGCACAGCAUCAACAUGCUAACUGUCUAUAGUGUGUUUACUGUAUCAUGUUAUCAAAAUAACGCAUUUGAAAAUGUUCAAGUAACCAUAGUGAGACAUACAGUUAUGACUAUGUAAUGAUUUUGCUGUCCUUUUUUCUCUCUUGAUAAUAAAUAAACACAGUGCUUUAACAAACUCA